AUGGGGUAUCUCUCCUUCCUGCGAGAUGAGCGGUUGUACUUGCUGGCCUUUGGGCUGACAGCCGCGGGCUUCGUCGCGAGCCUGCGCACGAUACUCGAGUACUACCGCGACCAAUGUGAAAUCAAGCCGCAGGAACCCAAAACGCAGUAUAUCACACAGGAUACAGAGGACUCUCUGAAAUCAUCCACCCUUGCGAGUUUGCUGGACCACUACAAUUAUUCAAUCCGUGAGACCGCGCUCAAGAUCGUUGCGGGAAGAGCUGCGAAUGACAGGGCGACUAUCGACGAGCUGCUGUGGGGCAUCACGCUCGAGGACUACGAUGAGCGCGCAAUGUACCUAAAAGCCCUGGUAUGGGCCAUCGAGGACAAUGCUUUCCAAGAUCCUCUCAGUGUGCUCAAUACGCCCAAGGCCUACGAGGCACUUGUUCGGUCAUUAGAGCUUUCCCUGGAGCACUCCUACUCGGACAAGCUAGAUGACCCGUUGUAUGAUGAGUACUAUCUGCGAGACUCUCUUGAGCGGCGCUGCCUGAUGAUCCUCCUGCAGCUUGCGAAGAAGUACACCAUCGAUAAAGUGAUCGAGGCUCGCUUUGUGGAACGAUGGCUCGCCAAGCAAGCCUGGGGCGACUCGGUUGAGGAGCGGCGCAGAAACUAUGCCGAUUAUGUCGAGCGGAAGAAGAACCGGCUUCGCGACCUUUGCUACCUAAUCCGAGCAUCCAAAAUCGGGCGCCGGGCCUUAGUGGACGCGAAGCUCAUCACUAGAACCCGCCGGUCUAAGCGCGACAAGUCGGAGGCGAUCAAGGUCUUGCUGGAAAUUAGUGUGGAUGGAGACGAGCCGGAAGGCAUCAGGGUUCAUGCCGGCCCGUCAGAGCCCAUGCCGCGGGUGGUCGAGCAAAGCGCCGCGGAGCAGCGCUUACGGAGACGACACCGAGAGGCCAUGGUCCUGAACGACGGAACACAUUCUCUCGGCAGAGGUGACAUAAUUCAGCGCGAGCACGAUUCUAAUGGAUGA